AUGUCCUCAGCUGGGCCGGGGCGGCGCAGCCGACUCAGCGGAUUCACUUCCCUGCUCCGACGCCGCGGCGGCGGCGGCGGCGGUGCCGGCGGCGGCGGCGGCGGCCACGGCGCCGAAAGCGGCGACGACUCCACUCCGAGAAGCAGCGACAGGUCCUCGGUGUACAGCACUGGCUGCGGCUCCGUGGGCGGCGGAGGGCCCUCGUCGGGGCCUCUCACAGCCCGCUUGCCCGCCGUGUCCACCUUGCACAUCUACAUGGCCGCGGAUGGUGUGAUGGGGAGCUCGCGUCGCAGCAACGGCAGUAGCAGCAGUAGCAGCAGUGCCGCCAAUCCGGGACUAUACCAGCAGCAGCAGCAGCAGCCGCACUCCGCGGGCCCUAUAUCCGCGGCUACUGGUGAGACUGCUGGGGGCGGUCGCGGCAGCGGCGGCGGUGGGAACGGACCGUCCGGGGUCGAUGGCAGCGGCGGAUCCCCCCCGGCUGCAGCAGCAGUAGCUGCUCCAGGCGACAGCGGUCUCCAGGCCCCUGUAGGGGUCGUGGUGGACUUCGGUGGUAACGCCUACAUCGCCGACACUGGACACUGCAGGAUUUUGCGGAUCCGGUUGGACUCUGGAGAGGCUGUUGUGCUGGCAGGUGGGGGGGGCUACGGCCACAAGGACGGUCCGGGCCGCAAAGCCAAGUUCUCGUGUCCCAUGUAUUUGGCUCUGGAUCACAGAGAUGGCAGUCUGGUGGUAUCAGACCAGCACUGCCUUCGGCGAGUGGCCUCCGACGGCUUCGUCACCACCAUAGCCGGCGGCACCACCCCAGGCCAUGCUGAUGGCCCCUCGGGUAGCGCCCGCUUCUACAACCUCCGCGGCGUGGCAGUGGACGGCGACGGUAACAUAUUCGUGGCUGAUUCGUCCAACCACUGCGUACGGCAACUAACCGCCGCUGACAGCAUCGUGUCGACGCUCGUGGGCAGCCCGGGUAAUGCUGGCUUCCGGGACGGCACGGGUACGGAUGCCCGCUUCCGAAACCCAUGUGGAGCAGCCGUCAACCUACAGGACGGCACCCUCGUAGUUGCGGACGCGGGCAACAACAGACUGCGGAAGGUUGACCGGGACCGCCUGACCACUACGAUUGCUGGCAACGGUACGGCAGGGGUUGCCAUCGACGGCGACGGCAACUACUUGCUGUCGGAUCUGGAUAACCGUUGUGUACGACUCGUGUCAGCGGGCGGCAUCAUUACCACCCUGGCAGCCCAGGGCAUCGCUGUGACUCACCGUGGGGAUGUGCUGGUGGUGGAAUGCUCGGCCAACCGGGUCCGAGUCAUCGCUGCCAAGCUGCACUCCCCGCACACCUAUCUCAUCGCCACCAAGUCCACCUUCGUCACGGACAUGAUGGGGCUCCUGUCCCGGGGCGACGGUGCUGAUGUCACCUUUGUGAUCGACGGUGAGGAGCUCCGGGCGCACCGGUGGCUCCUGGCCGCCCGCUGCGAGUGCUUCGGCCGCAUGCUGUCCAGCGACUACGUGGAAGGGCGGACUGCUGUGGUGGAGGUGCGGGACUGCUCCGCGGCCGCAUUCCGAGAGUUCCUCAGGUACCUGUACACCGACCAGUUGGAGUUCAAGGGGGAUGUGGUUCUUGACGUGUUGCUGCUGGGCCGGAAAUACAUGGUGGGCCGAGUUUUUCAGCACUGUUGUAGCCAGGUGCGACGGGGGCUGUGCGGUCAGAACGCCCUGGCGCUGCUGUGCUGGACGGAUGAGCACCGAGUGGAGGAGCUGAGACCCGUGGUGCUCAGAUACGUCCUGCAGCACCUGCGUCACAUUCUGCGCAAGUACCCGUCGAGCUUGUCCCGCUUGGAAGGGCGGCCCGACUUGCUCAUGCAGCUGCUCAUGGCACAGGCGGCUGCGGACGGCGGCUCGCGAGCCGCCGCCGCCGCGGCCGCCGCGGCCGCCGCCGCCGCGGCUCCGCCGCUGGCGGCGCACUCGCCGCCAUGGCGGCAGCGCUGGGAGAUACGGGCGGUGCCAGUGGCAGCACCAGCUGAGCGUGUUACCUGGGUGAAUGCAUCCCAUCUCAUACAUGUCCUAUCCCCCCAUUUCGACUGGCGAUGGGGAACUGGGUUCGCACACUACCAGGAGGCUAUGGAUGCUCAGUCCGUCCUUGUUGAGAUGGAGGCGGCGCGCAAUGCACCCACAACAACGACGGGCUUCAGCUUCGGGACUACCCCAGCAGCAGCCCCGGCAGCGCCACCCGCGUUUGGAAGCGCCUUUGGCGCACCCGCUGCAAAACCACAAACCUUUGGCGCAGCACCCAGCGCACCUGCCUUUGGCUCCCAACCAGCCCCCACGUUUGGAGCUCAAACAGCAGGGGCGUUCUCGUUUCCCACAGCAGCUCCCGCUGCCAGUGCGCCCAGCCUCUUUGGUGGCACCUCCGCACCCGCAUUCGGCGCUCCGUCCUCAUCACCCUCCCUCUUCGGCAUGUCCACCGCACCCGCCGCCUCGGCGCCCUUCGGUGCAGCGGGUACGACAACCGGCGGCCUCUUCGGAGCGACCAACACCGCCAUCAGCGUUUUCGGACAACCCCAACAACAACAACAACAACAACAGCAGCAACAGCAGGCCAACAUGUUUGGUGCAGCCGGCCAGGCCCAGUUGGCGGGUCUCGUUGACCCUAGCGGCCUCACCCAGGACGACGCGGUCCGCGCCCUGACUCGCCUAGCCGCCGCCUACAACCCGGGCUCUCCGGACUUCCGCUUCCAGACGCUGUUCGUGUCGGUGGUGGAGCGCGCGGAGCAGCGAGUGAAGCCGCCCGGCUAUGUGGACGAGAACAGGUGGCGGGCGGCGCUGGCAGCGAUAAAGGGACCCAACAACCCGCAAAAACUGUGGCCAGUGGUGGCCAACGGCUUUGCGGACCUCAACACGAGAUCGCGGAUGCAGGCGGAUGCAGUGGCGCAGAACGAGGGCCGACUUCGGGAGCUGCAGGACCGCGCCGCCGCUCUCUCCCGUCGCGCAACAGGGGAGUUCCGGAGCCGCAUGUCCGAGCUGCAGCGGGAGCACACCGCCCUGAGUCACAAGUUGCUGCACGUGAUGCGGUGCAUGGAUGCGCUGGAGGGCAGACUGGCGCUGUCGGCAGGCUACAACGCCCAACAGUCCCGUCACCAGGUGGCCGAGCUCGGUCGACACAUGACACGACUGGAGGAGGCGCUGGCGCCAGCAGCGGCUGCGGCAGGACUGCAGAGGAGGCUGGAGGUCAAACUGGACGAGCGGUCGCAAGCGCAGCUCUUCACGGUGCUCCGAGACCAUGCGGAGGCUGUACGGCAGCUCCAGGCUGUACUCAAACAGGACGAGCUUGACGUGGAGGUGCUCAAGCGCCUGACCUCGGGGGGUGGUGGAGGUGGCGGAAUGGCUGACGGGGGCAGCGGCGUGGCGGCCAGCGACCUUUCCAGCGGGACGCUUGGCGGCAUGGGGCUGUAA